AAAAAUUCAACUUAAAAUUUUAUAAAAUAUUAAAUUAGUGUCGGUAAUAAUUUAUUAUAAUCAUCGGUAUAACGUUGUUUAACAAUGCAUUUAAUAGUUUUAAUAUAGAUUUUAGGCAUGUUGGCUAAAUAAGUACAAAUAAUUUAUUAUAUUAGGAGUUGAAAGAAAUGAUGUGAAAUAGUUUUUGGAAAGAAAGAAUAAGUUACAAUGCUGCCCUUGACGCAAAAGGAUACGAGAAUAUCGAGAGGGCCAAUCACCGGAAUCCGGGAAAAGAUUAGUAACUGGUUUAGACUAAUUUUAUCUGAUCAAAAUUCCCGAAAUUUAUUUCUCUUCUUAAUUUUAAACUUAUCCUUUGCUUUUGUUGAGCUGUUUUAUGGUGUGUGGACAAACAGCUUGGGUUUAAUAUCAGAUGCAUUUCAUAUGUUCUUUGACUGUACUGGAUUAGUUGCUGGCUUGGCAGCAUCACUAAUAUCUAAAUGGCGAGCAAAUGAACGAUUUUCAUAUGGAUAUGCAAGAGCAGAAGUUCUUGCUGGCUUUGUAAAUGGACUAUUCCUGUUGUUUAUUGCAUUCUUUAUUAUGAGUGAGGCUGUUGAAAGAGCAAUUGAACCACCAGAGGUCAAACAUGAAAGAUUACUGUUAGUAUCAAUUCUUGGAUUCAUGGUAAAUAUGGUCGGUAUUUAUGCUUUCCAUCACGGCCAUGGACAUGGCCAUGGCGGUCACGGUCACUCACACGGUGGUCAUGGUCAUUCGCACAACCAUGGCCACUCUCAUGAUGAUACUGAAGCGCCAACCGGUGCGGGAUCAGCCAUCAUGCGUGGAGUAUUUCUCCACGUCCUUGCGGAUACGCUGGGAUCAGUGGGAGUGAUUAUUUCAGCGAUUUUAAUGCGUAUGUUUGGUUGGAUGCGUGCUGAUCCAAUAUGCUCGAUGGCUAUAGCCUUGUUAAUUGCCGCGAGUGUGAUACCGUUAGUAAGAGAUUCAGCGGGAGUGUUGAUGCAACGGACGCCUUUAUCGAUUGAGCGGUCGUUACCUAAUUUGUUUACGCGUGUUGUUGGCUUAGCCGGUGUGCAUGCAGUUCAAGAACCUCAUUUUUGGACUCUCUGUAGUGACGUUCACGUGGGUGCUAUAAAAUUAGAAGUCGCCCGAGAGGUAGACCCGCGAUACAUCACUGAUCAAGCUGCCAGAAUUUUCAGAGAGGCUGGUGUGAAACAUUUAACAAUACAAUUGGAUUAUUCUCCGCUAUGAUGUGUACUCUGGUACUAUUUCGUUGUUAUGUACUUUAGAUAGUGUUUAUAAUUGUGCCCUAAAAUCGGAUUAUUUGUACAUACAGAUAGAAAGCUAAUUGUUGCUACCAUUUUUAUAAUUGUUCAACCAGAAGCAGAUGUCUGUAGGUUUAGUGAUUUGCUCAGUCCAUCAAAAUAUUUAAAAUGUUUUUGUAUUUAAGCUUAAGUAGUAAUGAGAUUGAAUAAUAUUUAGUUACCAUGAAAAAAUUAAACCGUUUCCCAUUGUAAGGAUUAUUUCUCGUUACUUGAUACAUACUUUAAAUUUUGUCUUAUUGACAAGCACAAAUAGCAAAAAUAGAACUAUUUAUUAUGAACCGUUAACUACAAUUGAUUGAACGAAACGUAAAACGAUUUCAUUACUUUUUAUCUACAAAAACAAUUUUUUCAUAAAAUUAUUUUUUUUAUUAUUAGAGGCGCCAAACACGAGCAGCUAGAUCUAGCAGAUCUUUUCUAAAAAUGUAUUACCAAGUUUUAUUGAUGCCAUAAUGAAACGAUUAUCUAUAUUGUAAAAUUUUCAAGUAUAGUUGAAAAUUUUACAAUUGAUAUCCGCACUCAUAAAAAAGGGCUAAUUUAUUAAAAUUUUGUUUUAAAAAUAUAUAAACAUUCCAUUACUAUUAAAUAAUUUCAAAAAUAGUAAAGUUAAUCUUGAAAAUGUCGGCCAUUUCACGAUAAUUUCAAAAUUGUUGCUUUUGUUCUUUUUGUUAAGCAGAUCUUAACAAAAAGAAGUUAUAGGAAUAACUCUGCCAAUUGUUACUACUUUUCAUUACUGAGUUGUCUAAUAAGAUCGAGAUACACCAUAUAUAAUUCUACAAUAACCUGACGUUUUUAUCUUUGUUCACAUUCGGUAAUUAUUUAUAGCAGAAAUAUUUUUUUAAGUUUAUCAAUAACUUUGUUACAUAUAAUGUAUGUUUUGUUGUUGUAAUUAAUUGUGUCACAAAAUUGUAUGUCUAAUAUUUGUAAAUGAGAACAUAGUAAUUUUUAUUUUUUCUACUUACUGAUCUAAUUUUCCUACCAAUUUGAUUCGUUAUUCGUUUAUUAAUUGUUACAAUUAUCAUUGUGCAUAGCAAUCAAAUUAUGACAUGUUUAAGAAAAAUAGUGUCAACAAUAAAAUCAAUUAUAUUC